GUCCGGAUAAAACAUGGUAUCCGAACGCUCAAUUUUCGCGCGAGAAAUACCAUCAUGGACGUGCGCAAGGUGGCGCUGCCAGCAGGGUUCGCUCCCUACAGUUCAUGGAAUAGCAGUCUCAGCGAGUUCGACGGGGCUUCUACAUGCAGCAUGACGUGCGAGAAUGGAGCCAUCAUAGCUCUGGAAGUGCACAGCUACCAUCGACAUGUCAAAGUUGUCGAUCAAGUCCGCCUGGGCGUCAUCGGCCUCGAGAGGUUCUGUCACGCGUGGACUUCGACACCGACAGCGAGACUGGCCGUUGCCCAUGGCGACACAUUGUUCAUAUACGACGACAAGUUCGAGCGGCGAUCUGAACUGCAGCUCCCAUUCUUUGCCAAGCACGUGGCCUUCCACGGCGCCACGUUGGUUGCAUCCACGUCCAACGGAGCGUAUGUGUACCAUGUAUGCCCAACGACGGUCAAGUGUAUCCUGAAGCAUCAACUUUACAGCGACGUUCCAGUCGGACUCGCGGCCUUUUCCCGUUGCGGUGCAUGGUGCGGCAUCGCCGCGAUCGAUGGACGCUUUGGUUUGUGGAAUGUUCGGACAGCCAUGCAGCUUGAGUUCUCCACCACGCUUCCAUCGGCGCGCCCCACGUCGAUUGCUUUCUCCGGGGACAAGUACGCUGUCGUGGCCUGCAAAGAUGCGCAUGUCGCCGUGUUCCAGCGCGACAACGCGUCUUCUUGUACGUGGUCCCAACUAUCUGCCUUCAGCUUGAAGCCCGAAUCGGUGGCAUCGUCGGCUGCUUACAUGUCGAGCACCCUCGUCGCCGCGUGGAAGUCCGUGCCGGUCUUCUUCUCUGUCGUUCACAGCUCGACGCAUAUGGACAUCAUCGAUGCCUCCACUGGCCGUCGGGUGCAUCACAUGACAUUUCCAAGUCAUGUUCAUUUGAUGGGACUCGUCGCCGUCGACGACAACGCCAUGCUGAUGCAAGAUAUGCAAGGUCAAUCAGCAGCAGCAAAUAAUGUCUAUGCGUUCACACAACAUGAACCAAAUCGAAUAGGCACCAUCUUCUCUGUGACGUGGUCGUUUGCAAAAGCCAUGGCGGGCUGCACCAGAUUUGGGUCAUUUCAGGAUGACGUGGCAGUGUACGAUGGCGCGUUCGGAACACUCUACCUCGAGCGCCAGGCGCUUCGUCGGACGCCGCGCAACGGCCAACCCAGCGAUGUACUCCCGUUGCCGUUUGUGCCCCCCCAUGGCAUCGAUCCUUCCAACCGUGAGGAGCCCAACCCUAGUAGUACUACGUCGUUGUCGGUGCAUUGGAUGCGACAGGAUUACGUGGUCGUCGUGUACGGCCAUGCCGUCUAUCGGUACGCACGGAACGAGUGGGCCGUCGCGGUGGUGCCCACGGGCGUGCAUCGCGUGGCGUCCUCCACAGGUGACGUCGGCAAGUUCGAGUGCGUGUGUGUUCCUUUCUGAACAAAACGAGAUGUAGACGGGCCCCUUGUGUUGGUCGUGUUGGGCCAGAACGAUCUCAUGGUGCUGGAUGUCGACACGUUGGCAACGACGUCGGUGCACGCGGUCCCGCCACAAGUGUCGGCGCUACCUGCAUUCCUUGCACCCUCCAUGACCAUGCACGUCGAACGACAUGCUUCAACUGCACUCGUGCGGCUAGUGGACAACGACGUCGAGUUCUGGCGUUAUCCCGUGACAUGCUAACGCUAUGAAACAGCACAUCACCCACGAGACAGGGUCAUGGUGCUGUCUGUUGUCGUCGUUCGACGGUUGAACUAUAAGAUAUUUCGGAAAUCUCAACCAUGUACCCGUCGGAAUGACAAUUGGAGAUUUUGUGUGGUCAGAAUCAUAAAUAAUC